AUGGAAUUAAUCAUUUUGCUGCUGUGGAAAUCCUAUCGGGAAUUGACUUUAGAACAAAAUGUCACUGGUAGCAUAAAAUUUGAUUUAUUAGAAUGUUUCUACAUUGAAUUGUACGAGAACUUUAUAAGUUCAAUUGUUCUCCCCAAGAACCUCAUAAACUUUUCAAUUCCCACCCACGCCAUGAACCGUUAA